AUGGCCAAGAAAAUGUCUUCUCCCUUGAAGUUUUCUCCUACGAAAUUUCUUCCACCGGCUCUGCCUCGCUCAAUGGUUGUGAGGUGGGUCUCGCUUCCCCCUCCUGAACCGCCGCCGCCGCUCGAGUCCCUUUCAAAUCUGUUGGAAACAGACCAAACCUCCGUCGGUUACCCCAACGAGACACUUCCGGGCCUUCUCGGCCUUGGUAAUCUGCGACCCUCUCUGCCAGUAUCCAUAGAUUCCGGCGAGUCCUCUACCUGUGUGGUCCUCAACUUCGGACAAACGACCCACUCGCCGGUGACGCCUUCAGAUCUGCAACAGAUGUUGCGUCAUUCUCAAAACCUAGAUCCGAGCUUAGACGAUUCGACAAGGCUCUUCACCGACGCCGGUGGCUGGUCCCUAAGUAAAGCUUCGGGUGGCUGCUCUUCAACGUCCCCGUCGUGGGUCGCCGACCAGCCAACACGGCAGCUACUUCUCAGCCACCCCAGCCCCCGAAAACCCUACAGCCCUCUCAACUUUGAUCAAAUAUGGGCAUGGCCCAAGAUAAGUUUUGGGCCUCCAAUUCCAAAAAGGCCUAACCCAUCAAGUCCCAUGUUUUUACAAAGAGGGGUCGGGUGUUCUGAUCGUUUAACUCUUCCGCCGGAUAGGGGAUAUCCCCCACCACCGCCCUCCUCACCCUCAAUUGGGCUCCUCCAUACGAUCGAAUCACAACCUCGCCGCUAG